AUGAGAGGCGGUUCUCAAGAACGUGAGUGCUCUGCUAAAUGCAUGAAAGCAGGGUAUUUGGUGAUGGAAUCGUUCGCGGGCGAGGAUGAGAUUGGAGGCUUGAGGAAGACGAUGGACGAGUUGCUGACUCAAUUUGAUCCUUCCGAAUCUUCCUCUGUUUUCUCCACUACAAAUCAGCAGCACACGAAGGAUCAUUACUUCUUUGACAGCGCUGCAAAAAUCUCCUUCUUCUUUGAAGAAAAAGCUUUUGGCGACGAUGGGGAAUUGAAGCAACCAAAAGAGCUUUCUAUAAACAAAGUUGGCCAUGCACUGCACGAGCUUGACCCAUUGUAUAAGGAAUUCACGUAUUCGUCCAAGGUCUCAAGUUUGGUAUUAUCCUUUGGUUACAGGAGACCAGUCGUCAUGCAGUCCAUGUACAUUUUCAAACAACCUGGAAUCGGAGGCGAAGUUGUCCCACACCAAUAUAAUUCUUAUGUGUACACGGAUCCACCUAGUUGUACUGGUCUUUGGAUGGCGUUAGAAGAUUCCACAACUCUUAACGGUUGUCUUUGGGCGAUACCCGGAUCUCACAAGAACGGUCUGGUUAGAAGGUUUGUCCGGGGUGAAAAUGGUGUAACUUAUGAUCAGCCAUCCCCAUCUUACGAGCAGAAAGAUUUUGUACCUAUUGAAAUGAAAGCAGGCUCAAUAAUUGCCAUUCAUGGUGAUCUAAUCCAUCAAAGUUUUGAGAAUCUAUCUCCUAAGUCGAGACAUGCCUAUAGCUUACAUGUAGUAGAAUCUGAUGGAUGCAAAUGGGCACAAGACAACUGGUAAAAAAUUUAUCUAACAUUUUGUUCCAUCCAUUCUCAGUAUUGAAUCAAAACAAAGUCUUUUACGACUAUUUUCAAUGAAUGUACUCUUCAUUCUAACAAUUCCUUUUUGUGCUAUGAUUCGAAGGAAAACACGCCUGAGCCUCUCUAUUCCCCUUAAUUACAAGCCAGUCGCGUUUAUCAAAUUUCUUCUGAACAAUAAUAAGAACAUGGCUAAUUUAGGCCUUUCUUGUG